AUGAUUCGCGUUGUUCUAUUCGGAUCGCAAAAUGAUGCGUCUCGCGACGGUGCUCCUGCUUUUAACCCCGCGCAAGAUAUCCCGUCGAUGGCAGGCAAGGUCAUCUUCAUCACGGGCGCCGCAGGUGACCUCGGCCAACAAACGGCCAUAGAGCUGGCUCGUUAUGGCCGGCCUAGCCGCAUCUACAUCGCAGAUCUGCCACGCGACGACGACGCCAAACAAGCUCUGACCCACCAGAUUGCUUCCGAGGCUUACGGAGACUCCAUACCCCCCACCGUGGAAACGGCCGUCACAACGUCGACCGAGAUCCGUUUUCUCGAUUUGGACCUUGCGUCUUUCGAUAGCGUUCGAAAAUGCGCCCAGACGUUUGCUGCUCAAGAACAACGUCUGGACAUUCUCAUCUUGAAUGCAGGUAUCAUUCGCGUCCCUCCGGCAACAACCAUGGAAGGCUACGAGACCCAUUUUGGGGUCAAUUAUCUCGGCCAUGCGCUUUUGACCCGUCUGGUAAUGCCGAUCCUGCUUCACACAACGCAGCAACAGCCCGGCGCCGAUGUACGCAUCGUUGUUGUGUCAAGCGAGGGACACGUUUCAGCACCUAAACAAGGCGUCGAUUUUGACCUUGUCAAGACCAGCUGUGCGAAUCUGCCAUAUCCAAAGCGCUACGGCCAGAGCAAAGCAGCCCUCAUUGGCCUAAUGAAAGAGCUCAGCCGCGACUAUCCACAGAUUAAAACAGUCGCUAUACAUCCAGGGAGAAUUCUUACGGGCAUGGCUAGGUCAUUGUGGAAAGAAAGUACCCCUGCACGCUUGACCAAGCCUAUUGCACCAUUCUUCUGUGUGCCUGUGACUACCGGGAUCAGAAAUCAUCUAUGGGCCGCCACGAGCUCAGAGGUGGUAAGCGGCACGUAUUAUGAACCUGUGGGCGUACCUGGAAAGUUAUCGCCCGCCUUACAGGAUCAGACGUUUCCGAAACGACUCCGAGAGUGGACCGAUAACGCCUUGGGCGGAAUCGAGUCUCUUGGGUAG